AUGAGUUUCUUCGGCUUUCGAGGGAGAAAACUCCAGAUGGCCCAGAUCUGGGCUGUCAUUCUGCCGUGUUAUCUCCUGUUCGGCUACAACAACUCUAUUGCUGGAGGCUUUCUCAGUCUUCCAUCAUGGGUAGAGACCUACCCUGCCCUCGACACUGUGCAUACAAAAGGAACGACGAAAGACCAUAACUCCACCCUUCAGGGAACGGUAGUGGCUAUGUACACCCUUGGCUGUCUUUUUGGCUGCCUUAGUUGCAUAUGGCUGGGCGACAAGUUGGGUAGGAAGAGGACUAUCAUCUUUGGCGCCCUGAUCAACACAAUCGGUGCAGCUCUCCAGGCAUCCUCAUACUCGCUGCCGCAGCUCAUCGUCGGUCGAUUGGUUUCCGGGUACGGCUUCGGACACAUCACGGCCACGGCUCCUAAUUGGCAGGCUGAAUGUUCGGGCGCUGCCCAUAGGGGCGCUGCGGUGAUGCUUGAAGGCUUAUUUAUCUCUCUCGGUUUGGCUAUCGGGGGCUGGACCAACCUGGGAAUGUCUUUCCAUCACGGCUCUGUAACCUUUCGGUUCCCCAUGGCCCUGUCAGGCGUAAUCUCGAUCAUCAUUAUGCUUACUACGCCGCUGCUUCCAGAAUCACCUCGCUGGCUGACCAAGAAGUGUCGAGAGGAUCGUGCGAGAGAGGUUCUAGCAGACCUGACUGAUACAGAUUCGAAUUCUGUUGAGGUGCAGGAAGCAAUCGACGAGAUCAGGACGUCCUUGGCCCUCGCAGGAGAGGCCAAGCUCAAGGAUAUCUUUACCAACGGGCGGCUCCGCCUCUUACAUCGCAUGUGUCUGGCCUGCGCUGCGCAGCUUUUCCAGCAAAUGUCCGGUAUCAACGCCUUGGCCUUUUACCAGGCCAAGAUCUUUGAAGACUACUUGGGCCAAACCCCCAGAGCGGCAAAAAUCAUUGCUGCUUCCGUAUUUACCUGGCAGACCAUCUGCUCGCCCAUUGGUGUCCUGACUGUAGAUAGGUUCGGGCGUCGAAAGUUGAUGAUGGUUUCGUCUCUGGGGAUGGGCGUUUGCAUGGCUGUUGUUGCGGGCGGGUCAUCACAGCCGGGGAACACGGCGUCGGUAGGAGUUGCGGCGGCAUUUAUCUUCCUUUUCUCUCUUUUCUUCCCUACUGGAUUCCUCGGACUUACAUUUUUGUAUGCUGCUGAGAUUUCGCCUCUCAGUCAUCGAGUGCCCAUUACGGCAAUGUCAACUGGCACCGCCUGGCUGUUCAACUUUGUUGUUGCCGAAAUCACACCCAUUGGUCUAGCUACCCUCAAGUACAAAUACUAUAUCAUCUACGCCGUCAUCAACAUAUGUCUCACUUUUCCUAGCGUAUACUUCUUCUUCCCUGAGACCAGCGGCCGUCAAUUGGAGGAGGUCGACGCCAUUUUCUUGAACAGUCACAAUAUUCUGGAAACUGUUCCUAUUGCCAGAAGGAGUCAAGCCGGUCGUAGUAGUAACGGCAUUACCGAGGGGAAGGAGGAGAGACAGGAAGUGGCACAGAUUGAGAGAGGGUUGCCAGCACCUUGA